AUGAAAUAUGCGAAAAAGGCUUGCAAACCACCACUUGCCAAACAACACAAAUUACAACGUUUAUCCUGGGCAAAGGAAUACAUGCAUUUCAAAGAUGAGUGGAUAGAAGUCAUGUUCAGCGACGAAAAGAAGUUUAAUCUAGAUGGGCCAGACGGUUGGAGAUAUUACUGGCAUGAUCUAAGAAAAGAACCAGAGAUUUUCUCCAAAAGGCAAAUGGGCGGUGGAUCUGUUAUGAUUUGGGGAGCUUUUAGCUUCAAUGUGUCUGAUGCAAUCUGCCGUUUCAAAGAGCUUGGUAAUGAUGGUCAAAAACCAGAAAGUGAACGAAAACUUACGGUGGAAACUUUCAAUAGCCAUAAGGUUAUCAAAAAUCGAGUUCAAUGGAAUUCGAGGGUUUCCAUGAGAAAGAUCGCUCGUGAACUGAGAAUAAGUUACCGAUCAGUGCGACAAAUGGCAAAAACAGAGCUUGGGCUGGAACCUGAAAAGCUCCAAAAAGUUCAGCUUCUCACAGUAGAAAACAAAUACUUGCGGCCCCAAAGAUGGCGAAAACUUUUGAGACGGACCGCAUGUCAGUACUGGGAGAGAUUCUUUUUCACUAAUGAGAAGCUCUUUACCGCCUAA